AUGACUAGAGGCAAGCAGCGAAGCUCCAUCUCUCAGCUUUCCGUUGGACGUAUCGACCAGAACCAAUGCAACCAGAUAGUCGCGAGGAUCCCUGCUCUUAUUCCUAAUGAGUUCUGGGGUCGAUCCGAGGGAUUCGAGGCCAAAGAUUGGAUGCAACGCUUUGAGCGAUCGCUCUUCCUUUACAACAUGAACAAAGACGACGGUGAAGCAGCCAGAUAUCUGGGCACUUUCAUGCACGGCACCUCCCGUGACUGGUUCGAUGCGCAGCCAAACUGGGUUCGGACAUCCUUCGUGGCUCUCAAGAACUCCUUCAUGGCUCGCUUCGACUUCUCGCGCACUCGCCAGCUCACCGCUGCAAACAGAUUGGCCAAUUUCGACAAGCAUCUCAGCCCUCGGCUCACGGUCGCGGACACGCAGCCCAAGUCUACCUUUUGGAACUGGCUGUCCCACCUCGAGGAUCUUGCCAACCAGAUCGAGGAAUACGAGGUCCCGGACUCCAUCCUUGUAGACAAAGCCUGGCAAGCUCUGCCUGCCCCGUUGCGACGAGAGUUGGGACACAAAAGUGAGACCAUCGCGGCCCUUCGCAGCGCUCUGGUGGACAUGUCCUUCGAGCAAUACCACCAGCUCUUGGACUGCAACAACGACCAGACUGAUGCCAUGCAGGCAAAGAUCGACGAGCUCGACGAAAAGAUGAAGAGAUUCGAGCGUAUGGAGCGCAACUAUAGAAGGACGGGCCCGUCCAGAUCCGGCUGCAGCAGCAAUCGCUUCACUGAACUAGACUGA